CAUAAAGCUAUUAAAGCCCAACGCAUACAAACUUGUGCAAAAAUCUUAACACAUGCAUAUGUUUACGGUUCAUAUUUUACAAAUAAGUGAAAAACCUAAGAAUUGACGAAAAUUUAUAAUAAAAUAUUAAAUAUAUAUUUUUUACUGCCUAAUUAUAAACAUUGGCAUAACUAAAACAGUGACGACGACGCAUAUGUAAUAUCUACUAAUUGUACAACUUUUUCGUUGACGCUAUGUCGCAUUUGUUAAAACGUACCAAAAAAUCGUGCCUUAAGCUCAUACGAAAAAUUUCAUCUAAACAAAUUUAUUUGAAGCGUUUGGAAGAGGAAGCUGUAACGCCGAGAAAUGAGGGCUGUUUAAUUGAUUGUUCACAUUCUUCGAAAGACGAAAAAAUUUGUUCCAACAAAGUAAAAGCAAAAUAUCUUUCUAUACCUACUUUUGCUAGUUCCAAAGAGUUGGAUGGUGAAGUGAAGGAAGGUAGGGAUCGCGGCUGUCUUUCUAAACACAACGGCGAGGACUACAAUAGCAAGACGGAAACUUUUAAAAACGUCGCAGAGGGGCGGAGGGGUAAAAGUUCACCACAUGUAAGUGAGACCGCCUCUGCAAUAAUACAAGCAGAUAUGGAGCGCAUUGAUAAAGAUCUUAAAGAAAGUAUUCUGUUUGAAGAUGACAAGCAGCUAGAUGUAAUAUUUGAAAAGAUUAAUUACAAACAAAAUGUACGCUACCUUCGUCAUACACCGUCCUCAACAAGUUUGGAUAAUAAUAAUUUAAAUUAUGCCGCCGAUGAUGAUCACACUGAUGAGAGCUAUAGACCUUGCACUGUUUCCCCUAUUACUAAUAAUGAGCAAUCCUUACGAAUGCGUGACGAUCUAAUUUUGAGCACCGUGGGCAAACGACAAAAUAAUAGCUUUCUCCCGGUUAAUGUAACCUUAGGUUCAAAACAAGUAGAUAACUAUCAAGAGCUUGUCAUCACCGAAGAGCCUGACUAUUUUCUGAAAAUGACAGCGGUUGUAAAAUAUGACAUUAACGGUAAUUCUUUGGAGGAUGAAACCCAAUGGAAUACCUACGAACAAGCUAAAAAUUAUCAACAUCACUUUUCCAAUGGCCAAUGGAAAGGAAAUUGCGCAUAUUUUUUGAAUGAUUCACCGAAAUCAAGUUUUCAUUCCAGUUCUACAACUAUAGAAACGUGGAUAGAAGAAGAAGAAGACGAGUUGUAG